AUGGGUCGCCCUAAAAAGUACCACACUGAUGAAGAAUUAAAAGCGGCACGACGCCAAUGUAAGGCUGACUAUUAUGCGAGGAAUCGUGAGGGUAUCAAGGCCAAGGCCAAGCAAAAGCGACAAAAUCAGCGUCCUAGGUCUCGGACCAACAAUCACCAUACUUCCUCUAAGGAUCUGAAUAUUGAAGGCAGUGCUAGUGCUAUGAGUGAUCCACGAGCAUUGGCUGAGAAGCUGUACGAGCAAGAGCUGUCUGAUAGUCUAAAUGAAUACGCGCUGUUGUUCGAGUUUAUCACGCCCGUUAUUAACCUAAGCAGGUCGUCCCUUGAAGCAGGAGCACAUUCUCGUUCUUGGAUAAACACUUCUCCAGAUAACUGCUCGGAUCCUUGUGCAGGCAUUACAAUGCUUCUCACUGCCGCCGAACAGCUCUCUAAACCCUCUUCUGCCAGCAUUGGAGGCAACAUGAACGUGUCUCGAAGUGUGUCUCCGGGCGCUAGCCGGGUCCGGAUUUCUGACACUUCUUCGAGCAUUCGCGUCGGCGAGAUAACUCCAGGCCUAGAUCGUCCGGCAGAGCCAGUUCACAGUCCCGUUAUAGGCGUAAAUGUCUUGCAACGUCCACGGCAUCUGGUUUCAGCCUGGGCUGACAGAAUUCGUGCAAAUCUGCUGUCUCUCUUCAAUGGGAAUAUCAGUGUCUGCAUGCAGAAGCUUUGUCACGACUUUAUCACCGCUGACUCUGAAGCCGAUGGUCGGGUCGCUCUUGAUAAGGUCUUCGAUAUUCAUACACGCAUUGCUGGGGUUCUUGAUGAAGCUAGAGAACUUCGAUACUAUGUAGAGCAAGCCAAAAGGGUCAGCAUCGCCGAGCGGAAGGUGCAGGAAUGGGUGAUAGAGCAGAUCACUGACAUGAAUAGAGCUGUCGAAGAAGUGAUGGCACCAACGCCCGAUCCCAACGCGCGCAACUAA